GCAUAACAAAAGUUUCUGCUGGCACCAUGGGGGCGACACGGGUGCUUGUGGCGGCUCUCAUCUUGGUGUCUUGUUUUUUCAGUGGCUCCGCCCAGAAAAAAGUGUGCACUCAGGAGGCAGUGGCUGACAUUGUGUUCAUGGUGGACGGGUCCUGGAGCAUUGGCACAGAGAACUUCCAGCAGGUCCGUGCCUUCCUGGUCUCAUUGGUGGACAGCUUUGAUGUGGGCCCAGACCAGGUUCGGAUAGGUAUGGUCCAAUACAGCACCAACGCUGUCACCGAGUUCCUUCUGAAUACCUACAGAGACAAGCAGGAGAUUCUGCAGAAAAUCCAGAGCCUGCCCUACAGGGGUGGUGGCACCAAGACUGGACUAGGCCUAGAGUUCAUGCUUGGCCAGCACUUCGUAGAGAAGGCUGGUAGCCGGGCCAGUGAGGGGGUCCCACAGAUCGCAGUGGUCAUCACGGAUGGACAAUCCCAAGACAAUGUUAAGCAGCACGCAGAGAUGGUGAAGAGGCGUGGCAUCACACUAUAUGCUAUUGGCAUCAAAGAUGCUGUGCUGGAGGAGCUGCAAGAGAUUGCUAGUGACCCAGAUGGCAAGCAUGUCUACAGCGUGUCAGACUUUGCAGCUCUACAAGGCAUCUCCCAAAGUGUUAUCCAGGUUCUCUGCACCACAGUGGAAGAAGCCAAGCGUCAGAUUGCCCAGGUGUCCCAGGAGUGUAGAAAGGCCACCAUGGCAGACAUUGUGUUUCUUGUGGAUGGUUCCUCAAGCAUUGGUCUUGAUAAUUUCCAAGAAAUUAGGAAUUUUCUGCAUGCCUUUGUCGAUGGCCUUGAUAUAGGCAACCAUAAGGUGCGCAUAGGACUGGCCCAGUUCAGUAAUGUUCCUUAUCAGGAGUUUCUCUUGGGAGAGCACAUGGAUAAAAAGGCUCUCCUGGAGCAGAUAGACAACCUGGCAUACAGGACAGGGGGCACCCAAACUGGAAAGGCCCUCCAAUUCCUCCAGUCUACCUACUUCACUGAGGCUGGGGGUAGCCGGGCCAGUGAGAAUGUCCCACAGAUCACUGUGGUGAUCACAGAUGGCAGCUCCACUGAUGAAGUUGAGGUUCCUGCUCGGGAGCUCAGGAAGCAUGGUGUCAUCAUCUUCGCCAUUGGUAUUGGGGAUGCUGAUAAAGAAGAACUCCAGCAGAUCGCCAACAGCCCACACAAGCACUUCGUUAUCAGCAUUGACAGCUACCAGGCACUACAGAAGUUGACUGAGAGUUUUCUGCAGACUGUGUGCACCUCUGUGGGAACACAGAUACAAGCUCCAAGAUUUGCUGAUGUGGUCAUCCUGGUGGACAGCACAGCUGACAUAGGAAGGGUGAAAAACCUCCUGAACCGAUUGGUCAGCCAGUUGAAUGUUGGCAGUGAGGCACACCGGAUUGGCCUGGCACAGUUUGGCUCUGACACUCAGGUGGAGUUCCUGCUGAACACGUAUCAAACCAAGGACGAGGUCCAGCUUCAUUUAAGAAACAAGUUCCGACUGCGGCCUGGGAGGGAUCGUCAGUUAGGGAAGGCCCUGGAGCAUGCUCGCGUCACUUUCUUCAACACAGCUGCUGGCAGCCGGAUUGCUGAAGGCUUUCAGCAGUUCCUGGUGGUGAUCACCGCUGGGCAGUCAGAGGACAGUGUGAUGAGGGCUGCAAGAACCAUCAAGACUGAGGGGGUGAAUGUCAUCUCCAUUGGACUGCCUAAAACCAACAGACAGGAGCUGGAGCUCAUUGCCACAUCACCCUAUGUGUUCCAGACUCCAUCACAGAGCAUUGCAGUGAUACCCCAGGAAGUAAAGGGUAUCAUUGAAUCUAAGCAAGCCCACUAUGGACUCGCAACAGGGCCUUCAGAUUGUAGGUCAGCCAAAAUGGCUGACAUUGUUUUCAUUGUUGACCAGUCCGGCAGCAUGCAGGCAAAACACUUCCAGCUGGUUCGGCAGUUCAUCUACCGCAUUGUAGAUGGCCUUGAUGUUAGCUCCAAGAAAGUGAGGGUGGGUAUCGUCCUGUACAGCGAUGCUGCAAAAGCUGUCGUUUACCUAAACAGCAUUAAAGAGAAGGAUGAUAUUCUGCAGUUCAUUAAAAUGCUGCCAUACCAAGAGGGUAGCACUAAGACUGGCGCUGCCUUGAACUUUACCCGUGAAUACAUGUUCAGCAAGAGUACAGGGAGUCGGAAGAGCCAGGGGGUGCAGCAGCUGGCCGUCCUCAUCACGAACAGCAAGUCCCAGGAUGAUGUCAGCAUUGCCUCGGUGGCCCUGCGCCGCACAGGGGUUACUGUAUAUGCUGUCGGGGUGAAGGAUGCUGACCCUAACGAACUGAGGCAGAUCGCCUCCCACCCUGCUAGGAAGUACGUCUUCAAGGCUGACAGCCUUGCUAAACUGGAGAAAAGCCUUCAGAAGCUUCUGUGUUACAACAUCAUCCGAGCAGUCUUUGCUGUUCCUGUCAGAAGUUUCAAUAUAAAAACAGGCUGUGUUUUGACGGCAGUAGCAGACUUUUACUUCUUGAUCGACCACUCUGGGAGCAUCUAUCCAAAUGACUUCAAAGACAUGAAAAAGUUCAUCAACGAGUUUCUGUACAUGUUCAAAAUUGGGCCGGACUAUGUCCGGGUUGGAGUGGUGAAAUUUGCAGAUGACCCCACACUUGAAUUCCGUCUGACAGAGCACACCACUAGCAGUUCCCUGGAGACCGCUGUGGACAAUGUCCGCCAGGUGGGUGGGGGGACAGAGAUUGGGAAAGCACUGACCUUCAUGGCCCCACUGUUCAAAGAAGCCUCCGAGAGCCGGGGCGAGAAGGUGCCAGAGUUUCUCAUCAUCAUCACUGAUGGGAAAUCCUCUGACCCGGUCGAGCAGCCAGCAAAAAAGCUGCGUGAUCAGGGUGUUACCAUCUAUGCCAUUGGGGUGAAGCGUGCUGAUGAGGAUGAGCUGCUGCAGAUUGCUGGUUCUCCAGAGAAGAAGUUCUUUGUCAAUGACUUUGAUGCUCUUAAACCCAUCAAAGAUGAAAUUGCUACAGACAUCUGCUCUGAAGAGGUUUGCAAGGAUAUGGAAGCAGAUGUCCUCUUCUUGAUUGAUGGUUCAAGUAGUAUUGGUGCUGCUGAUUUCAUGCAGAUGAAGCAGUUCAUAAUGUCUAUUGUGGACAAGUCUGAAGUAGGUCUUGGCAAGCUCCAUGUCGGUGUCUUGCAGUUUAGCAUAAAACAGCAAGAAGAAUUCCCCCUUAACAAGUUCUAUGACAAAGGGAGCAUUAAACAGGCUAUCACUUCCAUUCAGCAGUUGGAUGGAGGGACUCUCACAGGAGCUGGGCUGUCCUUUGCCUCAAAGUACUUUGACUCACCCAAGGGAGGGCGUUUAAAUGUUAGGCAAUUCUUGAUUGUGAUCACUGAUGGUGAGGCCCAAGAUGAAGUGGCCAAGCCAGCUGAAGAGCUGAGAAACAAAGGUGUGAUAAUCUAUUCAAUUGGAGUGCUAAACGCCAACAGCUCCCAAUUGCUGGAGAUCAGCGGGGCCCAGGAAAGGGUCUUCACUGAGAGAGACUUUGACGCUCUCCAGCAUUUAGAAAAACUAAUUCUCUUUAAACUCUGCCACCCAGAGGCUGACUGCAAGAAGACAGAGGUUGCAGACAUGAUCUUUCUAGUGGAUGGUUCCAGCAGCAUCAAACCGGAGGAGUUCAAGAGCAUGAAAAAAUUCAUGACAUCAAUGGUCAACAACACAAAUGUUGGGGAAAGUCGUACCAGGUUUGGAACUAUCUUGUACUCGGACACACCCAAAAGCAGUUUUACUUUGAACGAGUACUACACCAAAAGAGAAGUUCGAACAGCUAUUGCCAACCUGGAGCCACCAGGCGGUAGCACAUACACGGCCCUGGGCUUGCAGUACUCACUAGCCUUCUUUGACCCACAACACGGUGGUCGUGGUGCUGAGAAAAUUCCUCAGAUCCUGAUGGUGAUCACAGAUGGGGAGGCCACAGAUGCAGUGGCUCUUCCAGUGUGGUCCAGGGCAGUGAGGGAGAAGGGCAUCAAGAUUUACGGUGUUGGAGUGGGGGGCGCUGACAAGAAGGAACUGGAAGUCAUGACGGGGGAUCCAAAGAAAGUCUUCUACGUGGACAGCUAUCAAGCCUUGGAAGCGCUCUACAAAAACCUCUCUAAUGUGCUGUGUGUUGAAACAAAACCAGUGUGUGGAAAGGAGAAGGCGGAUCUGGUUAUACUUAUGGAUGGAUCCACCAGCAUUGGGGAAGUUGAAUUUAAGAUGAUGAAGAAGUUUGUGUCAGAUCUGGCGGGCAGUUUCCGAGUAAGCCAGGAAAAUGUGAGGAUAGGGAUGGCCCAGUUCAGCACGGACCCCCAUAUUCAUUUUUAUCUUAACCAGUACGACAAUAUAACUGAUGUCAAGGACAAUAUCCUGGCCAUAGACCAAAUUGGAGGGGGCACGUUCAUCGGCAAAGCUCUGUACUUUAUCCAGCAGUUCUUUCAGGCUUCCACUGGCAGCCGGAUUGCCCAAAAAGUUUCUCAGAACCUGGUUCUAAUCACUGAUGGGGAGUCCCUGGACGAUGUGGAGCAUGCAGCUGAGGUAUUGAGGUCCAUGAACAUAAACGUGUUUGUCAUUGGUGUGGGUCGGAUCCACGCUUUUGAGCUGCUGCAAAUUGCAGGAUUCCAUGACAGGUUUUUCACUGCCCACGACUUUGCUGGUUUGGAGAAGAUCAAGGAGAAUGUGGUGGAUACAAUAUGCCGUCCACAAAGUGACCGCCCAGAAGUCUGCUCUGUGGACAUUGGAAUUGGAUUUGACAUGUCCCGGAGGGCCCGAGCUGAUCUACUCUUCAGUGGUCAGCAGAAGUUGAAGGCAUACUUUUCUGACAUCGUCCGAUAUGCAUCCUCCCUGGAUGAACUCUGCUGCACUGAAGGCAAAAGCAUGAAGCCCAACAUUGGCUUCCUGGUGGUUGGGGAAGAUGGGAGCGUCAUUAACGAUUAUGAGUUUGAGUUGUAUAAUGAGCAGGUGGUCCAGAAGGUGAUGGCCCUGCAGACCUCCGAGGCUACCUUCUUUAAUGUGCAGUUGCUGCAGGCCUUCUCUAAAAAGUUCCAGGAACAAUCCCGCGCUGGUGUGAAGAUCCUGAUCAUAUUCACAGAUGGAUUUGAUGACAACAUUGAGGAGCUAGAGGCAGAAUCAGACCGCCUCAGAAGAGAAGGAAUCCAAGCAUUGCUGUUAGUUGGUUUGGAGGGAGUCCGGAACCCCAGCGAUCUUCAGAUGGUUGAAUUUGGAAGAGGUUUCGGCUAUAAGCAACCCCUGUCCAUCGGCAUCCAGAAUGUAGCCAGCGUCAUGUUAAAGCAAAUCGACACUGUAGUAGGACGAGAGUGCUGUGGGGUGAUGUGUAAGUGUUCCGGUCAGGAGGGGGCCCGUGGUCCAAGGGGGUCGCCAGGAAGAAAGGGCUUGCCAGGUCCAAAGGGUCACCCUGGAUUCCCAGGAGCGGAAGGAGGGGUUGGGGAGAGAGGUCCACCAGGAUUGAACGGAACACAAGGGUUACAGGGCUGUGCUGGGGAUAGAGGAAUCAAGGGAUCAAGAGGCUACCGGGGCAACAGAGGAGAAGAUGGAGAUCAUGGACUGGAUGGGGUCUAUGGAGAGCAGGGUGUGACUGGAUUGCCAGGUGCCCCAGGAGAGAGAGGAAGUCCAGGCAGCCCAGGCCGCAGCGGCAUCCGAGGGGAACAUGGGGACAGAGGUCAGCCUGGUCUGAGAGGGGACCCUGGGAGGCCCGGUGAGGAUAACACUGCUCCUGGUCCAAACGGUGAAAAUGGAAACCCAGGAAUACAGGGAGAUGCAGGAGAUGAUGGCCCUCCUGGAGAAAAUGGUAUUCCGGGACAUAGAGGUCUUCAGGGUAGAAGAGGUCCGCCUGGAGAUCAGGGGGAGAAGGGAGAGCCAGGAGAGCUGGGGCUUCCAGGGAGCCCCGGACCCACUGGUCCACAGGGUGUGAGAGGACCCAGGGGUCAAGCUGGACCAUCUGGGACAGUUGGUCUUCCUGGGCCACAGGGGACACCCGGUCCAAACGGUCACAAGGGAUUGCCUGGAAGCCGUGGGUUCAAAGGACAGAAGGGCCAGCCAGGAGAUGUUGGAGGGAAAGGAGCAGUCGGACCCCUGGGACCAAGAGGAAUGCCGGGCCUUGAUGGCAGAGAUGGUUAUGGUUUGCCUGGACCCAAAGGAUUGAAGGGAGAGCCAGGCUUCCCAGGUUACCCUGGACUGCAGGGAGAGGAUGGAUUCCCAGGGGAAAAUGGAGGUCAGGGUCCCAAAGGAAACCAUGGCAGAAGGGGGGACUCAGGCAGGCCAGGUCAACCAGGAGAUCCUGGAGCUUCAGGAACUCCUGGACACCCGGGGCCCAGAGGAUCAGCUGGAACAAGAACAAUGUCUGCCUGUCAACUGGUAAAUUAUGUCAGGGACAACUGUGUUUGCUCCCUUGGUCGGACAGAAUGCCCAGUUUAUCCGACCGAGCUGGUGAUUGCCCUGGACAUGUCUCAGGAUGUGACUCCACAGAUCUUUGAAAGAAUGCGCAAGGUGGUGGAGACUCUGCUAGAGAAGGUGUCCAUUGCUGAGAGCAACUGUCCCACUGGGGCCCGUGUGACCAUCCUGUCUUAUAGCUCCAACACCAAGUACCUUAUCCGCUUCUCUGAUUACCACCGCAAGCAUCACCUACUAGAGGCAGUGAAAAACAUCCCCCUGGAGAGGACCUCUAACCGCAGAAACAUUGGGGCAGCCAUGAGGUUUGUGGCCCGCAACGUGUUCAAGCGAGUCCGCCAAGGGGUGCUAAUGAGGAAGGUAGCAGUCUUCAUCACCAAUGGGCCGUCCCAGGACAUGAUUCCAAUCACCACGGCAGUGCUUGAGUUCAAGGCCCUCGACAUCACCCCCGCAGUCCUUGCUUUCAGAAACCCUCCCAACGUCCGCCGUGCUUUUGAGGCUGAUGAAACCAGGAGCUUUUUGCUCACGGUCAUGGGGAGACCAGAGGAUCAGAUGUCUGACCUGAGGCAGGUCCAGCAAUGUGUCAUCUGCUAUGACCCUUGCAGCCCUGCUGAGGCCUGCAGGGGCAUCAAUCUGGUACCGGUGCCUCUGGAGUUGGACAUAGACCUGGCAUUGGUGGUGGAUAGCUCACGCAACAUGCAGUCGGACCAGUAUGAGGGCAUGAGGCAGCUUCUGGGCUCUGUGUUGGAACAGAUCGUGAUUAGCACUCAGCCUGAUGGGCCCAACAACCAAGCAAGGGUAGCUCUGGUGCAGCACAGCACAUCCAGCUACCCCCCCAGGGAAGGCCAGGUGCCAGUAAAGGUGGAGUUUGACCUCUUGGGCUACAAGGACCGCAACAAAAUGAAAACACAUGUCUUCCAGUCUAUGCAACAGAUCGGGGGAGCCUCAGGGUUAGGCCACGCCAUAGAGUGGACCAUACAGAACAUCAUGCUCAAGGCUGGCAAUCCUCGCAAAACCAAAAUGGUCCUGGCCAUCGUUGGAGGGGAGACCAGCUCCUGGGACAGAGUGAAACUGGACACCAUUGCCCUGCAAGCAAAGUGUCAGGGUGUGGUGGUUUUCAUCCUCACUAUAGGUGAUGAAUUCAAUGAUGCACAAGUAGAGGAGCUUGCAAGCUUCCCUUUGGAGCAGCACAUAGUACACCUGGGUCACAUCAAGCAGGGUGAACAAGAGUAUGCUCAAAGAUUCCUCAGAGGCUUCCUGCACAUGUUGAAAAGAGGAAUAAAUACAUAUCCCUCAGCCACCCUUCAAAGGCAAUGUGAGAAUAUAAAGAUUCUGAAUGGCCAGGGGGAAGCACUGGAAGGCCAGACCAUUGACAGGUUCAUCCCGUUACCAAGCAUUCCUGUGCCAGAGGUAAUUGAAGAGGUGGAGUACAUCGAUCCAACAGAAGAGGAGGAAUUUGAAAACCUGCCAAGCCCAGGACGCGGUGAUGACAAUGGGUUCUCCACGCGCAUCGCCCAGUGUGACUUGGACAUGGACCCUGGUACCUACUGUGGGGAAUAUGUGCAAAGAUGGUACUUUAAUAAAGCAGUCAGUGCAUGCUCACUCUUCUGGUAUGGCGGUUGUGGCGGUAACAGCAACAAGUUUAACACAGAAGACAAGUGUUUCCACACAUGUGGCGCUUACAUUCCAGCUGUACUCCAAAGGACUGAAGAUAUGGGAAAACUUCAUAAAGUUCUAUGUUCCCUAAGGCAGGAUGAGGGGAGCUGUCAAAACUAUACCCUCAAAUGGUACUUUGACAUGGAACAGAAAGAGUGCUCCCGGUUCUGGUACGGUGGGUGUGGUGGGAACGACAAUAGGUUUGAGACUCAAGAGGUGUGUGAGGCGCUCUGUCUGACAGUACGAUAAGGAAGACCCAGAAUCCAGUUCACUUUAGCCAAUUAAAUCACACCCCCAGUCGAGUUCAUGUUUACUGGUGGAAUCAGAAAAUCUGGUAUUUCCUGUAUCGAUCAUUAUGAUAAAGCCACAGUACUGUUGAAAGAGACUGUUAAUGGGUAAAGUGGGAUGUAUUGCUGAUGUAUUGUAUUACUGUAGUGGUUUUAUUUUCUUGAAGCACCUGCCAGCCCACGACCAAAACUCUCUUUUGCAUACAGUAUAUUAUUCUGACCUCUUAAAAUCCCUUUCGAUACAAAUACAAAGAACCAAUAUUUCUGUAAGAACUACAAGACUAUGUUUUGAUUACAAUCAAUGCUGUAAUACUGCCAGCUGAGACAUUGUAUAUAGAAAAGGUGUUUUAGUCUGCAAAGAUAGAAUUAAAAAAACUGAAGGAAUUUAAUGUUAUGUAAUACAUAUUUUAUAGCCAUAUGAACAUCUUACAUAGAUAGUUAUUGUUCAUACAUAAUUGUGUAACUUGAUUUGAUGUAGAGAUGAUUAGUGUAGAAUCUCCCCCCCCAAAACAACAAGCUAUACAGAGACAGCAAUACAGAAAUAUGUUCAUACACAACAAUUCUCUUCAUAGCCUGUCACGCUACCUGAAUAGAAAAGUGCACUGCUCCAGUAGUUAUCUGUACAUUGAUUGUUGAAAACUUGAUGGAAUAUGAGAAACAAAUUGCCUGUUGCAACCUACUGUUGGUUAUCUGUUUUUCAUGAAUGUAAAUAGCCUGUUAAUUUUUCUGGUUUUCGGGACAUUGUCUGGCAUCAGGGAUAUAUAUUUAUAAAAGGAUAACCAUUUGAAUAAUGAACAAUUGCCAUUUACUGUUUAACCUUUAAGUUUAAGUUUCUUACUAUUGACAAUUUUAAUCUUCAUCUUUGGUGUUAAAAUUGGAGAGAAAAAAAUAAGUAUGUGAAAUAUAAUGUGAAUCAGUUUGUGAACAGUAAUAACCACAUUCAACUGUAUCAAAUAGUUCAUGUUUCUGAUGCCUUGGUAAUUCAGGUAAUGUGUUUGCACAAAUGUUUUAUUGUGAUCCCAUACUCACCAUAAAGUAUGAGUGAAUAUAUUCCUGUGAGUUCCUGUCAUGUAAUGUCACUCAUUCAAUCAUGUACAAAUGAUCUUUCUUGCUUAGUAUUCAGAAAUGUAACCAUCAGCUAUGAGCUUUCUGUUAUUAAAUAAAUCACAGGUGAAGUAUAUAUGGAAACAGGAUUCUUUAAUCUCAGAAGCCUAAAGGAAAGCCCUCAUCUUGUGGAUUUUAGUAGUUUCAGUCAUAAAUGCAUUCAUUGCUUGCACAAUAAACCCCAAUAAAACUUACAGGCCUAA